ACCUCGUGGCUGGUAGUUGGACAGGGCCAGGGGUGUGGCUAGGUAGCAGGCAAACAAACGUCUCUUUGCACUGUAGACAUCUGGGCGUCCGAUGGAUGCAUGAGACGAGACGAACUUGACCCCGUCCCGUCUCCCACCCCACAACUUUCAAUCGCAGUGACAAAUGGACUUUCCUCCUGGCAGCUACUUUCACAUCAUUCGUGCAUCGCCCCGUCUUCCAUCCUCGUACGGACAACCUGUUGUUCUGUCUCUUACUUGUCGUAGUCCUUACUACCAUUUGGCCCCAAGUACAGCCUUGGACACACUGCUUCUUGUCGCCUUGGUCUCUGUCACGUCGUUCCUCUCGAGGAAUCUAAACCUAUCCUCCAGUUCGUUCCGUCACACUUCGUGUGUAUAGUGUUGCUGCGUUGCUACCUGACAGGAAAUAAGCGGGUGCUGCGAAUAACGUGCCAUUGUGUUGGAAAGGUCCCAUGGACGACGUCCAGUGGGCCGCCGCACCACUUGAUUAAUGAACCGUCUCAAUCUACUCAUACGGAUUUUUCUUUUCUAGGAAGACAAAUUCCGCAAAUAAGAGCCAGUUCUUCAGUGCCGUCCGCCAGCAUGUAUAUAUAUGCACCGAGCCGAUGCUUCCAUAAGCUGGUUGAAGCGAUGUCGCUGCAUGUUACAAGCUAAUCAAGGUUUAAUCCAUGUGGGAGGAGCUCUCCGCUGCACGAGAGCCAACGGCUACCUUUUCUCACUUUGGCGCGGCCCGGUGGAUUCCAGCUUACUUGGAGCAAUCGCGAAUUCGCUGGGGCUGUCGGCUUUGGCGUGGUUCUCCGAGCGACAUCGCUUACUUUCUCUGAACUCUAUUCUCCUCCCUCCCCUUGAACACACCCUUCUCUCCAUACCCGAGGCAGGAUGCGCCAAUUCAUCCUAGUCGUCCAUAAAAGGUCUGGUCUGGGUAUUAUCAGAACUGACGUAUGAAGACAGCUAUAAAUCUGCCAUUGCGCCAUGCCACCGACAUCUAUCUGCUGGCGUCCGCAAAAACGCUAGGCCGGCUUUGCCUCUCUGCGUCCCCUUUGCAUACUCUUUGCAUGUUUUGCUUAACAACUCGCCUCUAUUGUUUCCCGCUUAUUACAGGUUUUGGCGUGAAUUGCAUGUUGCCCAAAGAUGGUUUUCCAGUCUCUCGAUGCCGCGGCACUUAUUAUUGAUGCUAGUCAAUCCGCUGUGCUUCACCGUGAUCUACGGAGCCACUUCGCCCGCAUAAUUGGUGGCGAAGGCCAUUUCUAUAUAUUGGAAGGCGGCAGGAAGAUAUUCGAUGCCUCGGGAGGCGCUGCAGUGGCGUGCCUCGGCCAUGGAGACAAGAGAGUCGCAGAGGCCGUGAUGCGACAGCUAGACGGCAUCGCAUACAGUCCUUCGACAUUCUUCACGACGCCUGUAUGCGAACAACUGUGCCAGUUUCUCGUCGACUCAAGUCACGGCCACAUGUCACGAGCCUACCUAGUCAGCAGUGGGUCCGAAGCUAUGGAGGCAGCUAUGAAACUGGCGAGGCAAUAUUAUCUGGAAAAGGAAGCUGCCGAACCACACAGGCAUCUCUUCAUCGCGCGAGAGCGGUCAUAUCAUGGAACAACCUUGGGCGCACUGUCAAUGGGAGGUCAUGUGACUCGUCGAGCCAACUUCACGCCGAUGUUAAUCAACAACAUUGUUUCCCACGUUUCACCGUGCUAUAGUUACAGGGACAAGACGCCAGGCGAGUCGGACAGGUCCUAUGUUGCAAGACUCGCCCAGGAGCUCGAGGAUGAGUUCGUUCGGGUGGGUCCAGAAAAGGUCUGCGCAUUUGUGGCAGAGCCGGUUGUUGGAGCUGCUUUGGGAUGCGUUCCAUCCCUCCCUGGCUACUUCCGGGAAAUGAAGGCGGUUUGUGAUCAGUACGGAGCGCUCCUCAUCAUGGACGAGGUCAUGAGUGGCAUGGGCCGGUUGGGAACUCUCCACGCAUGGGAAGACGAAGAUGUGGUGCCCGACAUCCAAACCAUCGGCAAGGGCCUAGGUGGGGGGUAUCAGCCGAUCGCAGGCGUUCUCAUCAACAGAAAGGUAAGCGAGGCAUUGGAGAAGGGCUCCAGGUGUUUUGUUCACGGACACACGUAUCAAGGUCAUCCUGUUGCAUGUGCAGCAGCACUCGCAGUACAGCAAAUCAUCCAAGAAGACGGCCUCCUCGGCAACGUGCGGACCAUGGGCCAAGUGCUAUCGGAGCUUCUGAGAAAGGGCCUCCAAGACGAGCCUUACGUCGGGGACAUUCGUGGCAAAGGGCUCUUCUGGGGCAUCGAGUUUGUGCGGAACAGGGACACGAAAGAGCCGUGGCCACAAGAGGCACAUGUUGCAACGGGAAUCAGCGAUCUCGGACGCACGGAGGAUUAUGGCAUUGUGGUGUAUCCCGGAGCAGGUACUGUGGACGGUAUACUAGGCGACCACAUUAUCGUGGCACCGCCAUAUACUGUGACGAAGCGCGAUGUCGAGUAUGUUGCAGAGACGGUGACAAGACUGAUCAAGGGGUAUUUCUCAGGCUUGGAAUAAGUUUAGAUGACUGGGAUGAUGAUCACUGUUGCUUGCUCCCCAGAGUGUGAUACAAAGCCUGCCCCUGCACGAGUAAAAAGUGUUGGCCAGUGUCACGUAACAGGGAACGGCUAGACGAACGUGUAGCAGUUGAUGGGUCGCCAAUUCCGACCCAUUCUUGAAGACAAAAUGUGUGCAGACUUGAUAUUGCUUGACGA